CACUCACAAAACCCAAGAUCCUCGAAAUAAUAUCCACCACCGUUUUCCCUUUUUCGAAAGGACCUCAAUACCGAGUAAUAAUAAGAAGUCUCGAACUUUGUGAAGUUUAUUAUUGCUGUUAUAUUACAUUCCAGCCUCCUUAUUAUUUUCUAACCGUGAAAAUUUUAACAAUAUUUCAUCGCCGGAAAUCAAACGUCUUUUGGAUCGAUUCGCACUUGCUUGUUGCUUGGGUUGAUCGUAAUUCGUACGCCCACCACGUUAUUGAUCACUUAAGCGGGGUACGAGGUUCACAUUGCAUCAACUGAGUCGUUUCGCAUAAGACAUCUAUUUUUCUCAGCUGAGCACAACUCUUCAAAUCUUUUCACAAUUUGAAGAGAAAAAAACACCACCAUCUCUAGACAGUUUCAUCGGAUUUUUGAAAAUCAAAAUUUAGCUCAUCAUGUCUAGAAUGGGAGAUCCUUAUCGUAGUUCCUCGGAAGCCCUUAGCAAUUAUGGCGGCAGCGGCCGUGGCGGCGGGGCUAACCGUUGGGAUACUGAGCGACUUGUUUCGGAGCGCGACCGAGUUCGUUUUGCUACAGAACGAGAAGAGCGAGAUUCACGAUUUCUUCGAGCUACAGCUGGUCAUACACGAGAACGAUCUUAUGAUGAUGUCUAUGAACGUCGAGGUCCACGAGGAUAUGAAGAGGAACGUGAACAUUAUGAAGAACGAGAUUAUUACGAUUCACCAAGAUUUCAACGAGAACCAGAACCAGAACCAGGAAGAAAAAGACCUACAACCAUUACAAUGGAGAGAGAACGAGAGAGGGAAAGAGAUGAGUCUCCGCCUCGAAGAGCUGGCGGCAGACCGGCAUUUUUGAGAAGACAGAGCUCCCUUGAUACCUUUGACCGCAAGCCGUUGGUGCGAUACGAGAGAGAAAGGGAGAUGGAGAGGGAUGAAUACGGUCCUCCUGCCAGACGUCCCGAUCUAAGACCGCCUCCUUUGACACCUGUUUCACUGCCAAGGGGGAGAGGAUUACCACCACCUAGAAGAUAUGCCGAAAGAGAUUACGAGGACAUCAAGGUUGCGGAACCGGACUUCUAUGGCGAUGAGGACUACCGAGCUUACCCCGAAAUAAUCAGAGAAAGGGAAAUUGUUAGACGAAGGAGAAGAAGUCACGAAAGGCGAAGCCAUAGAAGUCACAGCAAGGAAAGUCGUUCAACCGCUACAAGAAGUGUUCGAAGCGAGAGUGCUAGCUCGUCAGAUAGUGGUACCACCAUAUCAGUGAGAAGUGAGUUUCCUAAGAAGGGAAAGACAAGAAUGCCAGCUAGACUGGUCAGCAAGAAAGCUAUCAUUGAUUUAGACUACCCUUUCGAAGAAGAGGUGAGCAAUGCAACAUUCAUCCACUAAGCAACUUAUACUGAUUUAACAGGGUGAUACUAUCAUCAUUCAAAAGGCACUUGGAAGAGAGAAUAUCGAUGAAGUUAUCAAACUAAGUGAACAAUAUAAAACAGCUGAGAGUAAGUAUUUGUUUUUCAUUUCCCUUUUGAUCGCUGCAUCAAAAUGCCCCUAACCCCAUUCUACAAAAGAAAAAAAUGUCAAGGAGACGAAAGAGGUAGAGACAACUCUAACAACAUACCUCGUUGGUCCAGAACUCGAAAUGUCCGGUGGCCGAUCAGAAGCUGGGACCAUAAUCGAAGAACGUACUGAGGUCUUCAAUAUCCCGCCACCUCCAUCAAUAAUACACCACGCUCCUCCGCCACCUCCAUCAGUACACUAUGCGCCUCCACCUCCACAAGAGCCAGUACACUAUGCGCCUCCACCACCAGAGCCAGUGCACUAUGCACCUCAACCUCCGCAGGCGCCAGCGCCAGUUCAAUGGGCACCACCUCCUCCAUCGGUUGUGUACGCACCACCACCUCCACCAGUUAUAUAUGCACCACCACCGCCCCCUCAACAAAACCUUGAGAUUCACGAAACCACUAGGAUAGUGGAGCGUUCUCCAUCUCCAGCAAGAAGCACAUACUCACACCAUAGCCACCAUAGCCACCACACUCACCACCAUCAUGACCCUGUCAUACUGGAAGGACGCCCUCGAUCGCGAGAUGAAGAGAGUGUAUUUUACGAAAAGCGUGAAAUCAUUGAACGCAUAGAGCCUAUUGGUGCGAUGACCGUAUCACGCUCCCAUAGUCAUCGUAAAGAUGAACGUUCAAUUCGAGCUGAAAUCAAAGCGCUCGAGGCAGAGAAGGAAGCCCUCAAAGCGGAUCGACGGGCUAAUCGAGAGUUACGUCGCGCGGAGCGUCUUCGUCGUGAAGGUGCCCGACACAGUGACAGCCAGUUGGUACUUUACGAAGAUGAGAUUCACGAUGGAAGAGAUGUGACCAUUGUGAGAAGGGAGAGAAUCGUGGAGCCUGAAGGAGGUGUCAGGAUCGAAAAGGACCGAAAAGGUAGGAUGAGCAUCAGUGUUCCCAAGCAUGCCUAUCGUUAGGUGUCUUGCCUGAUUGAGGUGGGUCACCUGGCAUUGGGAUGGGUGGUUUUUGUGAAUGAGGCUAACCAGCUUGUUCUUCACAGCACCUCCACCAAAAUUGGUUAGAGCCAUGUUGGCUACUCUUACUUAAUUCCUACCAUUUGAAAAUCAAAACAUUUCGUUCUUUACGUCAAGCGCAUAAUGAGCCGAAAUGGGUUAAUAAAUGGCGUUGAUCACAUAGGAAUUCGUGGUUGGAUCGGAUUGAGCUUACGGGUUUCCACGCGGGCGGAAGCUGUACUUCUUUUUCUAUUUCCUGUGAGCUUUAUGAUAGCAUACCUUUUAGACUUUAUUUGACAUGAAGAGGGAUUUCAUGGGAGGGAUAUUGGACAAUGAGUUAUACGAUGAUAUCUACAGCAGCAAGUUUACGCUUUUUCCUCGGUUCGAAGAUACACUAGUUUGGUUACGUACAGCUUUUUGAUUGCUUCACUCUUCGUUCUUUUUUAUUUUGAUGUUUUUACAACUUUUCGGAUUUGUUGAUGAUGCUACUUAUGGAUCUUUUCGAUAAUUGGUUAAUGGAUGAUGGGUGGAUGGAUGUAUGGACAGGUGAAUGGGCGGGCGGA